ACAGGACAUCCCUCCAGACCUGAGUGCCAGAGAUUACUGCAGUAACUGGAAGCCUUAAUAAUCACAGGCACGAUGACAGAUGCAAGCUUUCAACAGGAGUUCCUGAAAGCUCACAAUGAUUACAGGGCCAAGCACAACGCACCGCCAAUGACCCUCAGCAGCGAGCUGAAUGCCACUGCUCAGAGAUGGGCCGAUCACCUGCUGGCGUCCAACUCCAUGGGACACAGCAACACUGAUGACGGGGAGAACGUCUACAAUAUGUUCAGCUCAGCAACCAUUAAACUGACAGGGAAGGAAGCCGUGGAUUCGUGGUACAGUGAGAUCAAGGAUUACAGCUGGAGCAGACCUGGAAAUAGCGACGAAACUGGUCAUUUUACUCAGGUGGUGUGGAAAGAGAGCACUAAACUGGGCGUGGGCAUGGCCACUAACGGCAACAAGGCCUUUGUGGUUGGGCAGUACCGGCCAGCUGGCAACAUGAUUGGCAGGGAAUACUUCGAGAAAAAUGUCCUCCCACUAGCUGGCAGAGAGGUGGGUGGAGCAGUCACGACUACCAAUGAGCGAGGUAAAGGGAGCCAAAAGAACACCUGCAUGCUGCUGUAGAUGACCUGGACCCUCCCUGCAAACCCCAG